CUGGUAUGCAAAGCGUGGCAUGAUGAGUUGAAUGAGUUGGUUUAGUACAAAAAUAGAGAUAAACAACGCAACUGUGAAGUGACACUCUACUCUCUUCCUAGAUAACGAGCGAACCGUGCAAGGAUGGCAGAAGAAAAUAAUUCUCAACCAGCUCAGGCUGUCACCGAUGUUUCUGGUCUUCUUCCUCCUGAGCAUUGGGCUGAGGUAGCUGAGGAGUUGGGUGAUACGGAUUCUGCUCUGGGAGAUGAUACUGCCGAGUCGACGGCGUCCAUCACGUCAAGUAUUCUGCACUAUAGGAAUAUCAAUGGGAGAACUUACCAUCAUGAUAUUGGGAAUGCCCAGUAUUGGGGGACCAAUGAUGAGAAGCAGAAUGAGUCGAUGGACAUCAAUCAUCAUGUUUUGACGCUGGUUUUGGACGGUGCGCUGUAUCUUGCGCCUAUUCCCAAAGACAUCAAGAAUGCUAUUGAUAUCGGUACAGGGACAGGUAUCUGGGCUAUAGAUUUUGCGGAUAGCUUCCCAGACGCACAGAUUAUAGGUACUGACGUGUCGCCAAUCCAACCGGGCUGGAUCCCUCCUAACCUGCGAUUCGAUAUUGAAGACUGCACUCAAGAGUGGACGUUCGCUCCCAACUCGCAAGACUACAUCCACUUUCGUUGGCUGGUCGGCAGCAUCGUCGACUGGGACCAGCUCUUCAAAGAAGCAUAUAGAUGUCUCAAGCCGGGUGGUUAUAUUGAAAGCCACGAAGCUCUCUCAAGAAUGGACUGUGACGACGGGACUAUCACCGAGAAGAGUGCUAUGCACCAGUGGGGAAAGUUCUUUGUUGAAGGCGGGAAGAAGAUCGGCCGUUCGUUCACAAUCGUUGAGGACGGAGUGCAGAGAUCUGCUAUGGAGAAGGCCGGGUUUGUUAAUCUUGUGGAACGGGAUUUCAAGGUGCCUAUCGGGGGUUGGCCGAAGGAUCCGAAGAUGAAAGAAAUUGGCAAGUAUGCACAAGCUACUCUUGAGCAGGAUAUCGAGGGUUAUGUGUUGUUCAUGGCCAACACAGUGGAGGGCUGGACGAAAGAGGAGGUUGAGGUGUACAUAUCGAUGCUGAGAAGGGAGCUGAGGCAGGGAAACAUGCAUCCUUAUUAUUGGCAGAAGGUUGUCUGGGCCCAAAAGCCAAAAGAGUAAGGCCAUUUAAUUAGUAUUUGUGAAAUUCUUAUCAUUGCUCAUUAUUAG